UAUUGAUAUAAAUAACAACUUCCAAACUUCAGUGUGUCGAUACACAGUGACUUGUGAACAUGUUUCUCGUGUUAAUGAUCUGUCUUGUAGGAUCAGUUGUAGCUCAAGACAAGUUCUUAUACAAACCCAGAGUUCGGAAUAUUGAAUGUGGAGCUAACGAAGUGUUCGAGUGUAUAUUUUCGUGUCCUCCCCAACCAAUUUGUAAUACUAGACAUGAGAACAUUACCUGUUCAACCGUGGAAGAAACCUGCUCGCACUGGUGUGUCUGUGUUCCCGGUUACAUUAGAAAUACCCUGGGAGGUGAUUGCAUACCAAAGAGCUAUUGUGCGCUUCCAUGUUCCGAGUUUGAAGAAGCCACGGAUUGUAAACGUGUUUGCUUAAACGAAACUUGCGCUGGAAUCGGAGGUCCGAACACGUGCAUUCAAAGACCCUGCGAACCGGGGUGCGAUUGCAAACCUGGAUUUUAUAGGAAGGAGGAACGUAGACCGUGCGUGCCACUUUGUGAAUGUCCAGAGAAAAGAUAUUCGGACGAAUGUUUGAAUAAAACAGUGAACAAUGAAUUUUGGUGAUGUUUUUAUAGAAUGAUUAAGUAAA